UGGUGUGGGCUGCUUACUGACUACAGUGAGAUCAAGAGCAGGAGCCAACUGCUCCUUGUGAGAAAAUGCCUCCUUCAGACUCGUCCUGGGUGGUCUUCGUGCGGCUGUGGUUGACUCUACCGGUUGUGAAAACUGCACCCCAAUCUGUGAUUUCUCUUGAACCUCCGUGGACUUCUUUCUUUCAAGGAGAGACAGUGACUCUGACAUGCUAUGGAUCUGGCUUCAACUUACCCCAGAAAACAAAAUGGUAUAAGAAUAACAUGGCACCAAGGGAAAUUCAAAGGCCCACCUUAAAGGUCCAUGUGCCCGGAGUGUACAAAUGCCAAGCCGACAACUUACUUCCAAGCAUCCCUGUGCACUUAAACUUUCAUAAAGGUUCACUGGUGCUGCAAGCUCCACCUGCGGUGUUUGAAGGAGACUCCGUGGUUCUGAGGUGCCGCGCAAAGGGAACUAUAGCACAAAAAAGCCUGACAUUUUACAAGAAUGGUGUCGCUCUGAAAACAUCCCGUCAAGGUUCUGAGCUCUAUAUCCAUCAUGCCAAUCUGAGGGACGACGAUGAAUACCACUGCGCUGUGGACGUUUGGUACAGAGCUUGGUCUUCCAAUAAGGUCAAAAUUCAAGUCCAAGCGUUAUUCCCACGUCCUGUGCUGACAGCCAGACCCUCCCAACCCAUAGAUGGAAGCCCGGUGACCCUGACCUGUCAUACUCAGCUCUCUGCACAGAGGUCAGCCGACCAGAUCCAGUUCUGUUUCUUCAGAAACCUCCAGGUUCUGAAGUCAGGCUGCAGCAACUCCUCGGAGUUCCACAUCCCUGCCAUAUGGACUGAAGAUUCCAUGUGGUACCUGUGCUCAGCAGAAGCAAUGAAUGCCCAAGUAAGCAAACAAAGCCUGGCAUUCAAAAUUCCUGUGCAGAGGGCUUUUGCAGACUUCCAAAUACACACUGUCCCAGGCUCAAAGUUGGUGUUUGAAGGACAGAUGCUGUUAUUCAACUGCUCAGUAAAAGGGGUGCCAGGACCCAUCAGAUUUUCCUGGUACAAAAGGGACAAGAUGAAUAAAGAAACAAAGAUUCCUAAGUCCUCGGAAGCAGAAUUCAAGACCUCCAUGGUAAACAGCAGUGACUCGGGGGAUUAUUACUGCGAGGCCAACAACAGUCGCCGAAGUUUUGUCAGCCAGGCAGUCCCCAUCACCAUAAAAGUCCCAGUAUCUCAACCUGUCCUCACCCUAAGCACCGGCAAGCCCCGGGCCCUUGAGGGAGAGUUGAUGACACUUCACUGCAAAUCCCUGAGGGGUUCUCCACGUAUCCAGUAUGAGUUCUAUUAUGAGGAUGUCUUCCUGGAGAUCAACUCUAUGCUCUCUGGAGGAGGAGCAUCCUUCAAUUUCUCUAUGACCACAGCACGCUCUGGAAACUACUAUUGCACCGCUGACAAUGGCCUUGGGGCCCAGCGUAGUGAGGCUGUAUGGAUCUCUGUCAUUGUUCCAGUGUCCCACCCUGUCCUCACACUCGGGGUUCCUGGGGCCCAGGCUGCGGUGGGAGACGUGGUUGAACUUCACUGCGAGGCUCUGAGAGGCUCUCCUCCAAUCCUGUACCACUUUUAUCACCAAAAUGUCACCCUGGGGAGCAGCUUAGCCCCUUCUGGAGGAAGAGGGUCCUUCAACUUUUCUGUGACUGCAGAACAUUCUGGAAACUACUUCUGUGAGGCUGACAAUGGCCGGGGGCCCCAGAGCAGUGAUAUGCUGGCACUGAGUGUUAUGGAUAUGAUCAAGAACAGAAGUGUUCCCGUGGCCGCUGGAAUCACUGGGGGACUGCUCGUCGUGGCUGGUGUGGCUGCUGGAGUCCUGUUCUAUUGCUGGUUCUCUAGAAAAGCCGGGGGAAAGCCUGCCUUUGAUGACUCCAGGAACUCUUCAUAUUCGGAACCCCAGGAGCCCACCUAUUACAACGUACCAGUCUGUAUAGAAUUGCAACCAGUAUACAGCAAUGACCCUGAAGAAGAAGUGAUUUACACGCAAGUGCGCCGCCCAACAGAGAUGCGAACAAGCAGUGGCCUCUGAACUCAGGGUCUCCACAAAUACACUGAGUCUCCUGACACCUGUGGCUUCCCCUGCGGGCCUGCCAGCUCCACCGUUACCCCGAUGCUGUGUCCUCCAGGAGUGUCCUGUUAUCUACUCUCUGAAGCUGGAAGCACCCUGGCCCCCAGGCUGCAGAAGUCGCCCUCCCAGCACCUCACAGAUGAGUCCUCCUGCUUCAACUGGUGCACCCCAUCAUUCUCCUUGGAGAGAGGAUGCUCUGCAAUGAGACCUAGGUGCACCCAGAGCUCUUUGUAUCAAGUGGCCAGGACUUGGGGCCCUACUGGGCUCCCACCCAUCACUAGACUGAGUACUGUACUUGGCAAUUUUUUUAAUCUAAUGACAAGCUGCUCUUGACCUAGGGAAAGUCAUAUCUCCUGGCUUCCUCAGUGAGUUUCAGUUCUGAUGACUGUUGCAGCCCCUCAAUUAGGACUGCUCUUGGGGCGUGUGGUGUGAGCCUGGUGACCCUCUGUAUGCUCUACCAAAUGGGAAGCACCCACUCAUUGGAUAAUGGAGUCAUGUGAGCUCUUUACAGCAGAGCCGCAUUUCACAAUCUUUUAUCUGUCUAGAACUUAAGGUCUGUACCUAAUAUCAGUGGAACGCCUUUCUUGCUCAAGAGCUAACCACUCAAGUCAAGUGAUACCCUGCACACCAGGCCUUUCCUAGUCUGACAAAAGGAACCCCACAAAGUCGAGAUCAGGAGCACCAAGGACUAGAUUGUGAAUGAACAAUGAGGAAGAAAACAAUAUUGGAUUCUGUUAAGCAUUGGAUCCCCGGUUGCUGGAUUCCUCCGAUGCCAAUGCGAUAAUCCAAAUCAGACCAAAUUAAUAAAUCCAGAUUUAAUAAAUGCAAUGCAAAGCAGAGCACUCUUGAGUGGCCCUCAGGAAGGCAGGGGACAGAACACAAGGGCACAUGUGGCAGAUCUACAAGCUGGGUUUUAAAUAGCCAUAGUCGGUAGUCAUGGUCCCAGGCAUCUCCAGGGAAGGAGCCCCUGAUGGCGGACUUUCUGAGAGGAGGGGCCACUGUUCAGCAGGUUUUCUGAGGAGGCAGGAUCUGGGGAAAGAGAGGUGGGGCUUCUACAUGCCUCCCAAGAAACUCAGAAGCAUCCUUCUUUCUUUCCCCUGAGGGAGAAUGAGAGAAAAUCUGGGUGGAAAUCCUGUCUACCAAGGGUUAGAGCUCUGAUGGGGGAUGUCCUUCUGUAUGCUGUGAAUAUGUGUUUCUCCUAUUGAUUGAUGAAUAAAGUUGUUUCAACCAAUAGACAGGCAGGAUUUAGGCAGUUGGGAAAUUCAAACAGGGUUAGAGAAAGGUAGUAAGUGGAGUCAGGGAGACACCAUGUAGCUGCUGAGGAAGCAAGAGGCCUGGGCAUCACCAGUAGACCAAGACCACAUGGAGAUACACAGAUUAAUAGAAAUGGGUUAAUAAUUAAGAGAGAGCUAGCCAAAAAGAAGCCCAAGCCAUUAGCCAAAUUGUUUAUAAUUUAUGUAAGCCUCUGUGUGUUUACUUGGGACUGAACCGGUGAAACCAGGAAGGACAGAAACUUCCAUCCACAGGGCUCCAGAUCCCCAAGGACCUUCUGGACAUGCAGGUCUGAGGCUGGGUAGAGCCUGAGAAUCUGCAUCUCUAAUUAGCUUCCAGAUGGUACCAAUUGUUUAGUUCAGGGACCAUACUGAGAACUGAGGCCCCAUAGGUAUUGGCAGAGACUACCCUCUGCCAAACUUCACAGUACAUGUUCACAGAGAUCACACUCAGACUCAAUGCCCCUGAGCCAUCCUUGGGCCAAAAGCACUGGCGUGGUUUGAAUAAAAAUGGCCCCCAUAAGCUCAGAUAUUUGAGUGCUUGGUCAUCAGGGAGUGGGUUUGGGGGUUUCAAAAGCUCAAGUCAUGCCAGUGACUUUCUGCUGCUGAUGUAGAACUCUUGCUGCUUCUCCGGUACCAUGCAAGCCCGUGGGCCAUCAUGCUCCCUGCUGGGAUGAUAACGGACUAAACUUCUAAAUUAUAAGCAAGCCCCAAUUAAAUGCUUUCUUUCAUAAGAGUUUCUGUGGUCAUGGUGUCUCUUCACAGCAAUGGAACACUAACCAAGACAAGCAUCCUUGGAGAACUCUGAGACAUCUUGGGUUUUACCAACUACCCUGGCAGGCCAAGGAGACUGAUACCAUCUUUGUUUCUCCCCAGGCCUCAUACUCUGUGAACAACUUGUGAAUGAAUAUACCCUUUACAUUCCUGGGGUGUUAUUCCCCUUUAAUCACUCCCAUCAUACCUUCUCUUGACCUCUGACUCUGUUGAUCAUUGUUUUAGUCAUUUUUCUUUAAAGAAGCAGAUUCCAAAAAAUGUGAGUUUGUGGAGGAAGAGUAGACAGGGAGACAGGAAGAAAGAUGUGAGUUCCUUGCUCUGAUUCUGGGAAAGGAAAGGGUCACAGUGGUCUAGGAGCUUAAAGAGAUUUUGAGGACAUGUGGCAGAUAAAACACACAUUAUUCACUUCAAACAAAGGCUUCUAGACAGGCAUCUACCCACAGGCACCCAGGCACAAGCAGACACACAAGCCGGUGGUACACCUGACUCAUGGCGGUAAGCACAUAGGCUUACCAACAAACACAUAAGCUUGCUGCCAAAGGUGGGAGCUGAUGUCUCUGGUAUCUGACCACAAGGUCAUUUUUAUAUGGAAUCCAUAUGAAAGUGGUACUCUGACCUGAAUAGUUAUCUAUCAGAUUACAUCACUGUUAACUUUUGGGUUCCCAGAAUGUUCAGUGUCAGUCAUGUUUUGUCUGCCUCAUACUGUAUAUCCAUUUCACUACCAUGUUGUCUAAACAGAAACUGAUAGCCUCUCUUACCUACAGAAGAUAGAGAAGAGAAAGAGAAAGGAAUCUAUGAAGAGAGACAAGUCACAUGAUGUACAGUUAGCAAAUUGAAGACCCCAGAAGAGCCACUUUUUUUUUCAGUAUGGAUUUGAAGGCAGAAGGCCUGUGUCCAACUCAAGCAGUCAACCCAGAGGAGCUCCUCCUUGCCUGAAGGAGGGGAGCCUUUUCUACUUAAGCCUUCAGCUAACUGGGUGUCUGGCAAUAAAUUUUGAAAAUAUCUCUUACAAUCUACAAGACUGGGACUUUUGCUGGACAUCACAACUCUGUACUCAAACUGUUUGUUUAACCUGCUGUAAGAGAACAAUAGAAUAAUCCACCUUAUUUGCCAUGGAUUCCACAUGUGAUACUGUAAUGUGCUUUUACAACAUAACCUAAUGCAUAGAUACAAUCUUAUGUACUCUUGCAUGUCCCUGACCCAGAGUAAUGUGUGUAUAUCAUUUGCUGAAAGCAGCAAAUACAGAAAUUCAAGGCAACUUCCAUAAAGGUUAAGUGAAAUCA